AUGCCUUUAGACCGAAGCUUCAUCAUGGAUGCCUUCCAGUUUCCCGCCCUUCCAGGAACGAAGGAGUCUGAUCUUACUUCAGCUGAAUCCCGUCUUCGUCAUGCAAACUUCUCCAUUGUAAGGAAAAUUUCUCAGAAGAAACCCGUCACUGGAUCCACUUCUCUUAUCGCUAUCUACGAAAGAGCAGAAAGUCAAAUUCAUAGAAUAGGCACUUUUAGCCUUACAGAACAACAACAACAACAACAACAACAACAAUAUUAUGAAGUAAAUACAAGACCAUGUAAAACCGAACCUUGCAGUAUGCCUAGUCUGAAUUACCACGUUAUGGCAGAACCAAAGAGAUGCAUUGGUCUACAUGGUUUUGGAAGCAAUGUACAUCAACUGACGUUCUGCCUAAUUGUGGCGUACGCUACACAAAGGACAUUAAUACUGGAAUCAAAGGACUGGAGGUACGCUAAGGAGGGUUGGGAGACUAUGUUUCUCCCUCUCAGUAGAAAUUGUAUAUCAACAAUGAACAACAGCGUUACUAGAACUACAAAUUUAAGCAAUAUAGCACACAUCGAAGUAAUUGAAUUACCUAAGAUGCAGAGCUUGACAUAUCGGCCUACGUACCUCCCGUUGGCAAUACCAGAGGACCUUGCAGACAAUUUAACCCGUAUACACAGAAACCCAUCAGUCUGGUGGAUCGGACAAAUACAUGUUCGGAGAACCGACAAAAAAAUUGAAGCUGAUUAUCACCGUUUGGAAGAGUAUAUGGAUCAUGCCGAUAAAUGGUACAACAUGCACUUGAAGAUUCUUUCCCAGUCACGAUAUGUAUAUCUCACUACUGAUGAUCCAGAUGUCCUGAAAGAAGCAGAAAAUAAGUAUCCAAAUUACACAUUUAUUUAUGAUGUAAAUGCUUGCACAACUGCAAAAUUUACAAGAUACACAGAAUCAUCUCUCCAAGAAAUUUUGUUUGACGUUCACAUGUUGUCGAUGUGCGACUUUGUGAUUUGUACGAUGUCGUCAAAUGUUUGUAGACUGGUAUAUGAACUUAUGCAGUCACGUGAUGGGGAUGCAUCUAACCGUCUUAUAUCCUUAGAUACCGACUACUUCUUUCGUGUGGAACAUCCUGGGAAGAAAUUUGAAAAACGUUUCAUGCAGAAUAGUACAUCUGGAGUUCAAAUGAAAGGCUUUACUCCGGUGAAAGAAAAAAGAUCUAAACCAUCAAGACCUAUAUUUACAGCUGAUAACAAGAGAACCCAAGUUGCAAUGCCGGUGUAUUCCGAAAGAGAACAACUUGAACCAAAACAGAAGUUUGUAUCAAAUGUAAACCAAGAGACUGACUGA